GAGGGGUGGGAGAGAUAAGUCCCGCUCUUGUUCUCUUCCAGCUCUUAGUUUUUACAGAGAUACCGAAUAGUGCAUAUCGUACGAUCGAUCAGGUGUUAUUCGUAACAACGUUUAAAAUUCUCUUAUCGAAAUCAACGCAUGUUAACGGUGCAAAAUAAUAGGAUAAUAAUAACAACAACAGAAACAUGAAAGUAGACGUAGAGAAUACAGUUACCAAAGCGAUAGAAAUUUAUUUACGAAUUCUUGGCAUCUGGCCGAAUACAUCGUACUCUUUAUUCCGUAUACUCUUCUGGAUUAUCUCGCUCGUAAUCGAGCAAAUCUAUCAAUAUCGAUAUAUUGUAAUGCAUUUUUAUAUGAUCGAGUUUUCCGACAUGGCACAAAUUUUGGGUUCAGCCAUGUCGUAUUCGAUAUUUUUAACCAGACUUCUCAUUUUUUGGUAUAAACGACGAACGUUCAACAAGAUAUUAACGAUGAUAGCGGUCGACUGGGAAAAAAGCUCCGACACGAAAUUUAGCAUGUUAACAACGAAGUGCAAUGCCAAACUGUCGCAGCGCUUCGUUAACAUAACGGUGAUUCUCUAUUUGACUGCUGUAAUUUUUUUUAGCAGCAAAAUCCUCGUAAAGCACGCGGAUGAUGACAUAGCCCCGAACGUUUCCACACGAUUACUUAUUCAAGAGAUGGAUUUGCCAUUUGACGUUAAUCGAACAUUCGUAUAUGAAUUGGUCAUAAUUGUUCAAUUCCUUCACUUGCUGGUAUGUGCUAACGGAACGGGUUUAACAAAUGCUUUACUUGUACACUUGAUAUUGCAUAUAAGCGGUCAAAUCGAUAUUCUUCGUAAAAGUGUGAUGGAAAUUUUUCCGAAGAAAAAUGAGUGCAGUUCGAAUCAUCUUAUGGAAAUAAAGAAAAUAAUCAAGAAACACCAGAAUAUUAUUAUUUUUGCAGAACAUAUUGAAGAACUGUACUCGUAUAUCGCAAUGGUGUUUUUCAUAUCGGAUACUGUGCUUAUCUGCUUCUUGGGUUUUACAAUAGUCACGUCGAUUGGUCGACCUAAUGCUGCAGAAAAUAUAAUCAAGAAUUUCGUGUUCUACUUCAUUGUGAAUGUAGAAGCAUUUUUGUUCUGUUUUGCUGGAGAAUAUUUGAGCGCUAAGAGCAAGAGCAUUGGAGAUGCUGCAUACGAUUCUCUUUGGUACGAAUCAGAUUCCAAACACGGUCGAACUAUAUUGCUCUUAAUAAUGAAAUCACAAAAUUAUUUAACUAUUACAAUUGGAAAUAUGGCGAAUUUGUCUCUAGAACAAUUUAGCGGUGUAAGUCUAUUUCACAUUUGUUUCAACUUUCAACAGGAUAUUAACGAUGAUGGCGAACGACUGGGAAGAGUGUUCCAAUACGAAAUUUACAGCAAAAUCCUCGUAAAACACGCCGAUGGUGGCAUAGGCUCAAACGUAUCCACACGAUUACUCAUUUUAGACAUGGAUUUGCCAUUUGACGCUAAUCGGAAAUUCGUAUAUGAAUCAGUCAUAAUUGUUCAAUUUUUUUAUUUGCUAGUAUGUUCUAACGCAAUGGGUUUAUUAAAUGCUCUACUCAUAAAUCUGGUAUUGCAUAUAAGCGGUCAAAUCGAUAUUCUUCGUAAAAGUGUAAUGGAAAUUUUUCCAAAAAAAGGAAUGGACAGUUCGAGUCGUUUUAUGGUUCAAAAAAUAAUCAAAAAACACCAGAAAAUUAUAACCUUUUCAGAACAUAUCGAAGAUCUAUAUUCGUAUAUCGCAAUGGCGCUGUUCGUAUCGGAUACUUUGGUUAUCUGCUGCUUAGGUUUUUCAAUUGUCGCGUCUCUUGGUCGACCCGAUGCUUUAAAAAAUAUAAUCAAUAAUCUCGUAUUUUAUUUUGUUAUGAAUAUGGAGGCAUUCAUAUACUGUUUCGCUGGAGAAUACUUAAGCGCAAAGAGCAAAAGCAUUGGAGAUGCCGGGUAUGGUUCCCUCUGGUAUGAAUCAAGUUCCAUAGACUGUCAAAUUAUAUUGCUUUUAAUAAUGAGAUCGCAAAAUCAAUUAGCUAUUACAAUUGGGAAGAUAAUGAAUUUAUCUCUAGAACAAUUUAGCAGUAUUCUAAAAGCUUCGGCCUCCUACAUGUCAGUUCUAUUUGCAAUGUAUUGAAGCGAAACUACUUUCUAUUUUCAUCGAAUUUUUAAUGACUGUUAAUAGUAGAUUGUUGUUUAGUUGCAAAAAAAUUUACAUAUAAAUUAAAACCGUUGCUCUAUUUCUUACCAAUCUCUUUCAUGUGCGUGCACAUUUGCGUGCAUGCGUGCGUUCAGUCUCUGUGAGCUGACUUACUUAUCUGGUGUGUUUCCAAGUGGCGAAUCGGAGAACAUCCAAGUGAUCUUCGGGUUUCUGAUUGUCCGAGUAGGCUCCUGGGUGACUAUAACCAGUCCUCCGGACGUGAAGUCCUGUCUAGAGCCAGAAAAACUGCCGUUAACCAACUCUUCCAUACCAAACUGGGAGUUACCGUGGCGAUGACUGUAUGGCACUGGGAUGCAGCAUUAUGAAUGAUAAUUCUAGAAGCGAUAACGGACGAAAUUCUAAAAUAUUUAUCCUUACACGUGUAUGCGGUGCUUUUCCCGGGUGGACCAUUUAUCUCUAUCUACUCAUGGAACCAGAAUAGAUGUAGCUGAAUUUGAAAAUGGCCUUUCUGGGUAAAUGGGAAUAAGGGCUCGCAAAGAGCCUUAUUCUCUGGAGGAGUAGCUUCAGCUCCGGAUUAAGCUCUUCAGAGCCCGGAAAAUUGCUGCUACUAAUGUAGCUGCUCUUCCUUAAAAAGGAAUUGCUGCGAAGCCGAAAAAAGGGAGAAGAACUUAGCCAGAUUUACUUCCUGCCCCUGUACUGCUCUCGAGGUAAUACCUUGGAAGGAAGAGAAGGGAC